AUGCGAGAGAUACCGUGGCUGCUGCCCAUGCUUCUGUCGGGAAGAGCACAUGCACUCCCAGCUUGCGAUGCCAUGUGCGAGACGUACUGGGGGCACUACCGAAACUUGCGCAACCUUUCCCAGCCGGCUUCCUCGCAAGCGGAACUUGCCAAAGAUGUGAGCCGCUACCUAGAUGUGCUUGCAGAGGGUGACAUUGAGUGCGCCUUCCCUUGCAUACAGUUUUCCGAGUUGGUCGGCGAGACCGCUUCACCUGUUGUACAACGAUUAAUGCAUGAAUUCACACAUCGAGCAGACCGCCAUCUUCAAUUUGGCAAAGCAAAGGUAACGCUGUGCGACGAUAUGGUCCGCUACCAUACGCAGGGCCUGUUGGAUUUAGUAUCCGAUGGGGACACGCCAGAAGCAUUUGCUCCAAAAUGGUGGGCAUCUGGAAGUGUUCUGCCGAUGCACAAAUCGGUGGCGUACAUCCAACUGUCUCAGAGGCGGUGCCAAGUGGGCAUGGUGGCUGCAAACGCCAUUGUGGCCAGGUUUCUGCGGCAAAUGGGGGAAAGGCUUGCCCGUACUGACUACUUUCUUCACGCAACUGUGGCGCAACAGUGCCUUGUUGCAGCCUAUGCGUCCGCACCCAUGCUUCCAGACGCUGCAGAGGUUGGCAUCAGCAAUUGGCGUGGGAUAUACCGCUUGUUUUCGCAGGACCAACCUGCAUUUCCGGCUGAGCAACCGUCAUGGAGGUAUGCGUGGUCGAGCGACAACGAAGAGCAGACAUGGCUGCAACAACGCCAUUGCCAACUCGUUUGGGCGCAGGCUCCAAGCCUGACGGCGCUUGCACGGACGUUGGUGGCAGCCGCCUUUGUGGAGGCGAAGCGUCGAGCCGCCAUGAUGACGAGGAGCUUGUUGCAAGCAGCUGCCGCUGAGUCCAUAGGCCAUUCCCGUUGCCAUGUCGCUUCAACUGUGGCACAACUCACCAGCCUCUCGGUGAAGUUGACAGACGGAGUUGACGAGGCCUCCUGCAUCGCCGUGCGAGAGGUUUGGGACGAGCUUCGGCAGACUUUGGGCACGGAAGCCGUCCUGCACAGCAAGUUCGCACCCUGGGGGGUCCUUCUUUUCGGGUUGCUACAUCACGUGCAGGGACAAGUUCGAGCUUGGCCGACGCAUUGUCGGUUGGGGUCUUUGCGCGAGGUCUGCGAGCCCAAGGGGCUGGCAGCUGUCACAGCCGAGGGCCUGCGGAAGGUUGUUGCCGGGAGAUUGGUCCCAAGCGUUCCCGCAAUCAUGGCGUUCCUUUCAGAGAUCUCCACGCUUUGCAACCGAGGUGUAGCAGCUGCCCAUCUUGCCUUGGCACAAAGCGUGCUGCUGCUGACAGCUCAGGCUGACUUGCCCCUGCUGCAGACGCAGAGACAGCCACUGCGAGCUCCCACCUGCCACAACGGAGGAUUUCAGUCCCCAAGCGCCGAGGCCUGGGUAUCGAGGCUGUCCAGGACCCAGAUGGAGGUUGUGACCAAGGAGCUGCCGGAACUUUCCUACGCUUGGCUUCGGAUCCCAAUGAGGAGGCAGAACCUCUCCAGCUUCACGCAAGCCGUGCUGGCAGAGGACAUCGCCCAGCUGUUGGAGGAGGCGUGGACUAUCCUGGCCGGCGAGCAGAUCGAGGGCUUGCUGGAAGGGACCUGGCCCUUGGCGGAACUGGGUUGGAAGUUCUUUGCUUGUCUGACUGUCAUCCGCCCGCCACCGGAGAUCCUCCGCCAGGGGCGCUUCUCCUGA